GGCCACGCCCUUUAAAAAAGUUGUUUGACACCAUUACUUAUCUAAACAACGUUACCUACCUUGUGUAACUGUUUAACACUUUCGGUUUGCUUUGGUUUCUACAAAAUUGAUUAAAAAAGUUCCAUACGUCGAGACUGAGAUGGCAUCUAGUUUCAGAAAACCCAGUGGAGCCACAACUCACCGGAAGAAAGCUGCUCCUAAACAGGAGCUGACCGAGGAACAGAAGCAGGAGAUCCGAGAGGCCUUCGAUCUGUUCGACACCGACGGUUCUGGUACUAUUGAUGUUAAAGAGCUUAAAGUUGCUAUGCGUGCUCUUGGUUUUGAGCCAAAGAAAGAGGAAAUUAAGAAGAUGAUUGCUGACAUUGAUAAAGAAGGCUCUGGCACUAUCGACUUCAAUGACUUUCUGUCCAUGAUGACACAAAAAAUGAAUGAGAAAGAUUCAAAGGAAGAAAUCAUGAAAGCCUUUAGACUGUUUGAUGAUGAUGGAACAGGCAAAAUUUCCUUCAAAAAUCUCAAACGAGUCGCAAAGGAGCUUGGUGAAAACCUGACAGAUGAGGAAUUACAGGAAAUGAUAGAUGAAGCAGACAGGGACGGAGAUGGAGAAAUCAAUGAACAGGAGUUCUUAAGGAUAAUGAAGAAGACUAACCUGUAUUAAAUAGUUUUCUUUGUACUCCACUUUUCUCACUCUUGCUAUUUUUUUGUCAGUGUCAUUUUCAGAUCAUUUUAUCAACAUGGCACUCUGAAACAAAGAACUUGAUUUUUCUCUUUUUGCAACUAAUUUUUAUUUUUUAAGAUUUGAAAAUUAUUUAAUCUAUAAACAUUUUGUACAAUAUUGAAUAAACUGUUUUGAAUAAA